UUUAGGGACCAGUUUCACCUACACCUGUGUAAUGUUAUGAUUGAAUGAAACAUGGAGGAAUAAGAAGUUUAGAUCGGUGUACGAGAUGUAAAAGGAGGAAAUCAUUACAGAUCGGUGUUGAGUUUGUGCAAAACCUAACCAGAGACAGCAGGUGCUAAAUCGCUGAUUCUGAAUGAUGGACAGCAUGGAUGACCAGCUGAUCAAUCUAGAUCAAGUAUUCACAAAUGGACAUUCUGAGAGUGUGCAGCCUGCUCCACCCGCAGCUGCCUCAUCUCAAGUUGUCGUCGAUGCUGAAGGGAACGGAACCAUCACAGUAGAGGUACCUAACGUUGACCACUCAGAAGUCAAGAGAAAAAUGGACUCAGACGUUGGUCCGGCUAAAAUUGACAUCGCCAGGCCCAUAAAACUUCUGAAGACGCCGCGAGAGUUGAAGCUUAAGAUCUGCAUCAUUCUGCUCUUCUUUCUCAUCAUUGCCGCUACGACAUGUAUCCUAGUUCUGUACGUGGAGGAACCUUUGCACUAUAAACGUGGCAGUGCUGCACUCUAUACUGGGUCCAGAGAGUUUGUUGUUCAUGUGAGCGGUGCAAACAUCACUAGAGGAUUGAUAGGACGAAACCUUCCUAAAAUGCUACCGUUCUCGUGCGAUCCGUUCGAUACUAAAAACUUGUGUCUUGAGUACACAGAUAUAGCUAGACUAUUGAUUCACUGGGAGGAGUAUACUGGGAUGGAUUGCUAUACCUUGUCGUGGGAAGCUUUCUCUCACGACCUCGUUCAUCGUGACUGCUACACCUUAGAAAACAUUCACUGGUACGGUGGUGGUGUAGCGGCCAAUCAACAGUGGCCACUGGAAAAAAUGAACCAAUCACGUGAGCCUUUUAUCUCGGGGGAUGAAACGAGUAGCUUCGGACCAAUCGUAGAGCGCUAUUGGUUAUCGUCGCAUGGAGUUGGGAUCAGAGUGAGUAAUGAGUCACCUUUGUUCAUCAGUGUAAAUGAGGAGUUGCAGCAGCUAUGUUUUGAGAGUACUUACAUCGACUCGCCCUUUCCAAACCCAGAGAAAAAACAGCCAAAGCUUGAGUACACACUCUGUGCAGCUCCAAACAUGCGACUUGUCCAUGAGAAAAUGCUGGACAAAUUUGGUAAGAAGGUGAAAACAGUUCCAACUGAAGUCCUGGAACAAGGCCCUAUGUGGUCAACCCCUAAUUGUUUUACAGUAGACUCAUUCAAUGGUGCGACAAUUGUGAAAUUUGUAAACGAUCUUCACAAGAGUCACCUUGCAGCAAGCUCUCUUGAGAUUGAAUGCGGGUAUGCAAGGACUGACGGAGAUUUAGAGUUUGACAAGGAUAGAUUCUCCAAUAUUAGUGAUUCAAUAGCAACCAUUCAGGAGUUGGGGUAUCAAGUCGCAUUGAGGGUCAAUCCAUUCAUGAAUAUUGACUCCAAGGCCUUCCAUGAGGCACUUCUGAAAGGAUUCUUAGUGGAAGAUCCCAGAGCAGAAGUCCCUGGACUAAUCCAAUGGAAGAGAGGGGUGGCGGGUCUACUCGAUACAACCAAUCAUAAUGCCACAAGCUGGUUCCUUCAGCGACUGCAGGGUCUUCAAGACACUACAGGGAUAAAUUUCUUUACGUUUAACAAUGGAGAGGUAAGUUAUCUUCCAGUCGAGUUCAAGACUGCGGAGGUUCUGACAAACCCUUGUACGUACACCCAACGCUAUGUCGAACUAGCAAAUCAAACUCAAGGCCCUUUCUUUAUGCGUUCAGUUUUCCAAUCGCAAGACAUUCCUGUAAUUGUAUUCACAAUUCCAAAAGUACCAAUUUGGGGUUAUGAAAACGGUUUAAAAACUCUUAUUCCAACUGCGUUGACGCUUGGUAUCCUUGGGUAUCCGUUUAUAAUGCCCGAUCUAGCAGUCACCGGUCAGCAUUACAACUCAGCUUGUACCGAAAGUUGCCUCCCAGACAAGGAGUUUUUAAUUCGGUGGCUUGGCAUUGCUAAAAAGAAGAAAGUCGGACCAAAACCUGUACAGGCUAAAAUAACAAUUGCUUAUCACAAGGUCAGGCAUUCCAGUAUUAUCCAAGUCAGUGACAUGGUUGGAGGAUAGUGAUGGAUUGAAGUUCCUUGUUAAGCAAUACAAGUCUUAUGUACAUAAAGGGCGUGAUUUUGUUUCCAUGACGCGCUAGACUAUGGGAAACAAAGGCACCCAAGUACACAGUAAGACUUGAAGUUACAAGGUCUUUUGGAUACAAACCAAUGAUGUGUGCACCUUCUCAAUGUUUUAAUCAGAAUCAGUGGAUCAAAGUCUUUCAAAUUUGUAAAAAAUUAACACAUUAUAUAUUUGUUGAUGGAUGCAUUAUCUGUAAUGUUUCUUGCAAGUGUAAUAUUUAAUCCUGAAUAGUAGGGGCCUACAAGUUUACUGCAGUAACAAUAGACCGAUCCAUUAGGCUCCACCUACGACGCAUGUGUGAGCAAGAACACGUGCGCCUCUCCACGCCUCUC